CUAAUUCUACUGCUCAAAGAGAGAGACUUUUGCAGAACCCAAGGGUUAAUUUUUCUUCUUUAUCCUUUAAUAUUCUUAAAUUUUUUUAUUUUGCCCUGUUUCUUGAUGAGACUCUGCUGAUCAGUAUUCAGAAACCCAAUAUAAAGGAGUGAAAAGAGAAGAAAAAAAAAAAGGGAGCAAACCAAUAUUUUCUCUUUCUUUGUUUUCAUUAAACAGAGCCUUUUUUUAGUAUUCAGACAUUUUUUUUCUUCCAUUUUUUCUAUUUAUUUGUCUUUCUUGAUUUCCCCCUUUUUCUUUACUUUCCAUCGUAUGUUGUCCGGAGAAAUGUGGGAUCUCAAUGAUUCGCCGGAUCGGAGAGGGGACGGCGGGUCGGAGGGCGAGAAGGGGAAACGGGUCGGGUCCUUUUCGAACUCGGGCUCGUCGGCGGUGGUCGUUGAGGACUGCUCCGACGAAGAUGACGCCGAGAGGGCCACCGGCGCCCGGAAGAAGACCAGCCGAAUCUUCGGGUUCUCUCUGGGCGAGGGGAACGGCUGCGGUGGAGGCGGCCGGAGCUCCUCUCCGGUGACGCGGCAGUUUUUUCCGGUGGAGGAGCCGGAGACGACGGCGGCCGGGGGAGGGGCGCCACCCGAUUUCCCGAGGGCGGCCCACUGGGUGGGGGUCAAGUUCUGCCGGCCCGAGCACGGCGGUGGGACCGCGCCGGGAAAGCUUCCGGCGGCGGCUGACGCGGCGCAGCCGCUCAAGAAGAGCCGCCGUGGUCCCCGGUCGAGGAGCUCCCAGUACAGAGGGGUCACGUUCUACCGGAGGACCGGUCGGUGGGAGUCGCACAUAUGGGACUGUGGAAAGCAGGUGGUUUUGAUACAGCUCAUGCUGCAGCCUGGUGAGCUUCUUCUUGCUAUUUCAAUUAAUAUCCUUUUUAAAAGUGCAUAUGAUAGGGCAGCAAUUAAGUUCCGAGGAGUGGAAGCAGACAUAAACUUUAGUUUGGAGGAUUAUGAAGAUGACUUAAAACAGAUGAGCAAUCUAACAAAGGAGGAGUUUGUGCAUGUACUAAGGAGACAAAGCACUGGUUUUCCAAGAGGGAGUUCAAAGUAUAGAGGGGUCACUCUGCAUAAAUGUGGUAGAUGGGAAGCAAGAAUGGGCCAAUUUCUGGGCAAAAAGUAUGUCUACUUGGGUCUCUUUGAUACAGAAAUUGAAGCUGCCAGGGCUUAUGAUAAAGCAGCAAUCAAAUGCAAUGGGAAGGAAGCUGUCACCAAUUUUGAUCCCAGUACUUAUAAAGAAGAACUCAGUGCUGCAGAGCCUUCCAGUAGUAGUGCAGCAGACCAUAAUCUGGACCUCAGUUUAGGCAACUCUACAUCAAGGCCUCAUGAGAACAAUGUGAAUUCGAUUGGGAUCGACAACUCCCGAAGAAGAGAUGGCAUAUACAACGAGACCGAAACAUUGCAACUUCUAACCCAAACGCACCUUAACUCACCGGGCUCGUUUAAGGUCACGAACAACAACAAUGAUCAUAUUCAAAGAUUCGGACCUUUAAUGAAUAGACCAACAAACGAACCCCAUAACGCGUUUGAUCAUCAAAUGCUUGGCCCACCAUUCAACUCCUCAAAUUAUCGCGUAUGA